AUGUCUCUGUGGAGAACUGACGACGGCAUCCGGUUGGGUACAUACGAUGUAGGCAAGGGUGUGGUGUGGGCAUGCGACUGUACGCUGGACUCAUCCCGCCUCAUUGCUGCAUCCGCAGAUCAAAAAAUCUUAAUUUUUGAUGUAUGUACAGCAGCACUUCUUCAUGAAAUACCUGAGCAAGGGACGUGCAGGUUCGUGGAGUGGUGCCGCAUGCCCACGCAGCAAAAUAAAUUUGUUUUGGCCCAUGACGACUUCAGGGGCAGUCAGAAGUCGAUUAAAGUUUGGAAGGUAGACGGAGAAACCCCCAAGAGGCUGUGGGUGCAAGACGACUUUGCUAGUCGCUGCGUACAGGUUCACUGGGGCCCCUUCGACGAAACAAUUAUCUCAACGCAUGAGAAUGGUGAUAUCAUGAUAUGGGAUUCGAGCAACGGGGAGUAUAUCAGCGAGUUGAGGGGGCACAAGUCUUACAUUACCUGCAUGAGUUUCACUGAAGACAGAAUGCUUGCGCUAACCAGCUGCUCUGACGGUACUGCGAAGCUGUGGUCUACUAAGGAUUGGGAAUGCCUGAAGACGUACACGACAGACCGUCCUUUGAAUGCAUGCGGUCUGAGUCCCCUUCUGACGCAUCCGGGAGCCGACAGGAAGCUGCAUCUUCUUCUUGGGGGCGGCCAGGCAGCAGAAGAUGUGACAACCACAG